AUUUGCAAUGUUCACAUCGCAACGUUCAUCCUCUUGCCCAUUGUAGACACGUUGGAGACAGCCGAACAACUGAAGGAGAAGCGAAUUCUUCGUGUUCUGAUGACUGACUUCCCGCAGUAUCUCGCUGUUGUUAGUCGUCUGCGUCAGGAAAUCGCUCUUAUUGGUUCGGACGGAGGCGUGCUCAGUUCCACAGUGGUUCCCCAAGUCCAAGCAGUGUUUCCUGAGGGUGCUCUGCAGAAGAGAAUUCGUGUUGGUUUGCAGGCUCAUCAAGUUCCUCCUGAGAUGGUAACCCGAUUGGUCGGUAACCAAGUAACCGUCUCACCAAUUGUCACCAUUGAACCACGUCGUCGUAAGUUCCACAAGCCCAUCACUCUCACCAUUCCACUUCCACGUUCCGCUCUCAACUCCACCACCUCUACUGGCAAACGCCAUCACCAUGGCGGUGCAGACUCAGCUGCUAAUAGCAGCUUGAGGCUGCUUUGUUCAAUUACUGGUGGUACCGCUCCUGCCGUUUGGGAAGACAUCACGGGUUCAACUCCUCUUUCCAGGGUCAAGGAUUGUGUCUCUUUCACCACCACGGUGUCUGCCAGGCUCUGGCUUAUUGACUGUCCUAUGAUAAGUGCUUCUGUGGAAGUUGCGAUGCGACUGUACAAGGAGGCCUCGGCUGUUCCCUAUAUGGGCAAGUUCAUUGUGUUCGCUAAACGUCCGGAAGUUGAUGAGGCUCUGAUGCGCUGCUUCUGUAUUACUGAUGACAAGGUUGAUAAGACUUUGGAAUGUCAAGAGGGCUUCGAUCUCGUGGCAGCAAGUAAUGAGAUUGAGGUGGUCGACAAUCGUCCAACUUGGCUUGAGACCUCGGGAAAUCUCGUUCCCGUUUGCAAGGCUGAUGAUCAGCUGAGACUGCAUUUUAACGCCUUCAGGGAAAAUCGUCUUGCCUUCCCUGUUCGCAUAAAGGAUCCUCAGCUAGAACCUUCCGGUAAGCUCGCCUUCGUCCAGGAUCCACGACCUGGAAGUACUGCUGAAAUAAAGCCCAUGCUUCAAGAGAUGGGAGGAACUGCAAUCACUGACGCUCUUCCUGUUCGACCCAUUUGUGGCUUAGAUGUUGUCCUUCCAACUGAGAUCGACGGAACACGAUCUGGAUCUGUCCUAAUUAGUGGUGCUGAUGGUGCUCACACGAUCGCAUCUACUGCAGCUACAUCAGUGGUUUCUCUCUCUUGCUCGCAGCCUCAACACUUUGAGCAUCCUACUCAAAAACUCCCUGAUAUUGAUUCCCAUGGAAGGUCCCUGGUUGUACCACCACCUGAAUGGACUGCAGGUCGGUUCUUUUAUAAUAGCAAGUCCUCCGAUCUUCUGUCACAGCUAAUUCCUACCAUGACCGAGGAAUCCAUUGCACGUACCCACCUGGAUUUGGUUGAAAUUUCAGCUCAAGUUGGCUCCGACUGGCCACGUUUGGUCAAGGCCCUUUUCGCACCUGAUUCCACCGAACUACCCCCAUCUGCUGAUCAACUUAUCGAUUGGAUUUCCCAUCGGUGUGCUUCUGCAGACACGCUGAGUGCCGCUGGACUUACUAAUGAAGGUCUGAGGAGUGAUCGAGAUCGAGCUUUGGCCAUCCUGCUUGCUUGGACGAUUGAAGCUGGCGACGCAGCAACUGGUAAUGAACUGGAUCAUGUUUUGAGGGAAAUUGGACGUGAGGAUAUCGUCAAGAACUGCAUGCGAGAUAUCCGUCCCGUUUUGGAAGGUGAUGAACGUGAAAGAGCGAGUGAUCAAAUCAACAAUGCUGGUCGAGGAUGGACUCCUGAGGCUCAAACCUUAUCUCUUACUGAGAUGUCACCCCCUCCUCAGCAAACUCAGGAUAUGGCCGUCACCUCUCUGAGCAGUGAACUCUUCACUGAUCAAUUGGAAUCAGGCCAAUUGGAGUCGUCCGGCGAUCUCGCUGGCGAAAGAGCUCAUCAAGCUAUGGAAUUCUCACCACCGAUCACUGAAGAAGUGGAAGGCGAAGAAGCCACAGGUGCUCAAGUGACAACCACUCUUGAGCCCUCAUCUCCUGAGAAUGUGGAACCAGUGGAACAGCCAGAAGAAGCUCCUAUUGAAUUCGCUUUGCCAACACGAGCCGAACCUGAAAUCUCUGAGCUUACCGAAACACAUACCCAGGAGCAUUCGGAGACCUUUGCCGUAACGGAUUCUGAAGUCCCUGAACCAAACAGUCAACCACAGGCUCAAAUGGCCUCCCUUGAAGCCGCAACUACAGCGGGUAUUGACUUGACAAGUCAAGAUGAUUUAGAAGAUGAGGUGGGUGAUUUGACUAGUCAUCCUCACUCGGAAACACCUGCUUGUGAUGACAAUCAACUUCCUCAUCACCAACCUGAUUCUCAUGCCCAUCCCGAGCCCGGGAGUGGUAGUAAUUAG